AUGACAGAUCUGCGCGCGAAACGCCCACGGACUCUCUGGUUGGGCAGGGAUUCAUCAACUCGAGCUGAAGAGUCUCGAUCAUCGACAAAACUGAACACUGAAGAAACGCCAAAACCAAACCCGGCUACCAACAAUCGCGAUGGUAUCACACAAUUCAACUGCUACGAAGAGAACCCGUGGAGCGUAUACGAACCACGAGCCAAGAUUUGUCGCAAGCAACCAAUCACCCUGGCCCAGCAUCGCAAGCACAGACAGAAUGUUGUAAACAUCCGAUGCCUUCCUAUUGACCGACCUCAAGUCCAAGGCCUGUUAGAGACGAUCAGACGUCUUUCUCAUCCCAUAUUUCCACGGCUUCUGGAAUCGUACUACCAUACGGGCGAGCUGCACCUGAUUUGGGAGCCGGUAGAGAUCACAGUGAACUACAUUUUAACUGCCCGGUGGCCGAUCAACGAGACCGAGCUGGCAUACAUUCUCCGGUCGACCCUUGACGGAAUUAAGUUCCUUCGGGAUCAGGGAAGAGCAUUGGCCAUCCUAGAGGCGGAGACGAUCCUCUUGGACCGAAGGGGCCAUGUCCGCCUUGCUGGGGUCGAACAGAGCUACCAGAUCUCAGCAUCCGAUAUGAAUGCCGAGACGCUGAAAAUGACCGCGCUGGCUACAAUCACGAGGAGCCUGAUAGCCACUGGUGCAGCACAGGGCAUAUGGAGCUCUAAGGUCCGAGCCUUCCUUGAAAAUUUGACCACCAAGUCCUUGGAUGAGUUGAUGCAGGAUACAUUCCUCGAAACAGCAACGGACGAAAGAGAUCUAAAGCUGUGCGAGGCGUACUCUUUGACGAUCACGGCAGCAAGUGAGAUGCACCGGGACACCCGUAUCCAGCAUCUCACGCCACGUAACGGCCUACAUCAGUUUCUUCUCAAAAGUGCCCUCGCGCCGAACGAUAACUCCGUGACAAACUGUUUCAUUCACCAGCUCUACCAGUAG